CCAGGAAAUAGCAAACAAAGAUAACCACAUCUCGAUGGCAAAGUGCUUCAGCUUUGCAGAGACGUUUGACCGAUGGUUGCUCUUCUCCUUCUCCCGGGCGGGCCUGAAACCGACCACCGCCGACCUCCGCGACGGCACGGUCAUGCACUGUUGGGUCCCCAAGACGUACAAGCCCGACAAGCCCAACUUGCUCCUCUUGCACGGCCUCGGAGCCAAUGCGAAGUGGCAAUUCAACGGGUUCAUCUCGCGCUUCAUGGCGAGAUUCAACGUGUACGUGCCUGAUCUCCUGUUCUUCGGUGACUCCUACACGACCCGGCCGGAGCGGACCGAGCAGUUUCAGGCUCAGUGCGUGGCAGGACUCUUGGAGGCUCAGGGAGUGAGGAAGACGAACGUGUUCGGGGGAAGCUACGGCGCGUUUGUGGCGUAUAGCUUGGCGGCGCAGUUCCCGGAGAUGGUGGAGAAGUUGGUUCUGUGCGCUGCAGGGGUUUGUAUGGAGGAGAAGGACAUGGACGAUGGCAUGUUUCAGGUGAAGAGCAUCGACGAGGCUGUGAGUAUCAUGUUACCACAGACGCCGGAGAAGAUAAAAGAGAUGCUCACGGUCGUCUUAAACAAGCCUGUGAGGUUUGUGCCCACUUGCUUUUUGCAGGAUUUCAUCGAUGUUAUGUGCACGGAGUACCAGCAAGAAAGAACAGGGCUGAUCAAUUCCUUAUUCAAAGAUAGGAAGAUGUCUGACCUUCCCAAGAUAACGCAGCCGACACUGAUAAUCUGGGCAGAAUAUGAUAAAGUCUUUCCAUUGGAAUUGGGUCACAGAUUAAAGAGAUCGAAACAAAUCUUCAGAACUGAAGUGUUCUUAAUCAUGCAUUUGGAUGAAAACGCGCAGUUAGUGGUUAUACAAGAUUGCGGUCAUGCGUUCGAUGGGAAGUUGAAAGAGAUGUACAAACAUAUCAAGUCGUUCCUCGUAGAUCCACUCCUUUCACCCAAGAAGGCACAUCAAACCAAAGGGCAGAAGGUGCACUGAGAGUCAUCAACGAAAUUUGUAGUCGGAUCAGCCUUCUGCACCAUGCUUGUCCAGGUUAUAUACAUGUUAGUAUAAGCUAUGUAAUUAGAAGAAAUAAAGUUCGACAUUUUGAACCGAUGAAGAGCAAGGCCCGUAGCAUGCGGAAUAUUUGCAUUUUUCUCCUCGAGAUGUUGCGUUACAUAUGUAUAUUUCUGGUUUCAUUGUGGAUUCAGCUAGGUUAGUGUUGUAAUGUUUACUGGCAGUGCUGCUUUCAAAGUACACAAAGAAAAUUUAUGCCAUCGCUAUGAACAUUUUCUUCCAUUCCAGUUCA